UUGAAGAGGCUUUUACUUUGAAACUCAAGAAAACAGUCGCCUGGAUUCACUUUGGCACACAGAGUGCGUCGAUCGGUGAAUAGUUAUUAACAAGCUAGCUUUCAAAUGAUAGAUUAUGAGUCAUUUUAAAUAAUGUUUGUCAAUCAAGGCAUUCAGCCAGUCACAGUGGUUUUCAAUAAUGCAAAAAACUGCUUCCUUCACCUUCCCCCAAACGUGAUAUCCCAUCUUUCCUUGCAUGAGAACCAGGCUUUGGAGUUGUCCUGGGGCCAUGGAUCUCCAGUAUUUCUCAGCUGGACCAGGAGUAGGCGCUCCUCAAAGCCUGAGGAGCAUAUCGUGGAGCUGUGUCGCCAGUUGGGAGAGAGGCUGGGCCUGAAAGAGGGAGAGCAGGGCUUCCUGAGGCCCUGUCAGCAGGUCUCGUCUGUUCAUCAGGUUUUUGUGGAGCCUCUGUCGUCCGAUGACUGGGAGAUUUUGGAGCUCCACAGCGCAGCCCUGGAGCAGCAGCUGUUGGACCAGAUUAGAGUGGUGUUCAAGGACGCUGUGUUUCCAGUGUGGGUUGACCAGCGCACCGCCGUCUACAUCAGAAUCGCGUCCCUUGAACCAGCGGUGCCUCACGGCCGCCUGGAGCGGUCCUCUGAGCUAGUCGUCUCCCCGAAGACCAGGCCCGGGACCGGCAGCUUCCUCCGCACUCCGCCCGGAUCCGGCCAGGACCCGCCUCCGUACCGCCACCCCACCUCUGAACCCCCGCCCUCCUCACCGCGGCCCCCGUCCCUCGCUCAGAACCAGCAGUGGGGCGGCAUCGGCAACCUGACGGGCCUCAUGCGCUACCUCUUCACGGGCGCCGUGGGCCCCGCUAAGGAGACGAUGCCCUCUGUUCCGGAGCUCCCCGCGCUGUUCAGUGCCUCGCUCCUCCGGGUGUGCCAUCAGCCCCCCAACGCUCUCUGCACUAUUAACCCCGGCGCCGCCGCCGUGGUCCAUCUGUUUCCCUGGAACGAGACCGUGGACACCGGCUGCUCCAUCUUAUCCCAGUCGGCCGUCACCUACGGCCUGCUGUCCAAGAUCCCCACCCCAAAGGAGGCCAGGGACGGCGCCAAGAGGGCCACGGAGCCGAGGAAGAACGCAGGUGCACUGAAGGUUGGAGAGGAGUUGGCAAAGGAGCAGAAGGAGGAGGUGGAGGAAGGGAAGGAGCUGGCGGUGGUGCGCGUGGUGUGCCACCAUGUGGAGGAGCUGCAGGAUGAUCAGAACCGUGGAGAGAUCCAUUCUGGAAGGGUCUGGAUUACGCAGCACUUGGCAACGAGCAUGAAAAUCGAUCCCCACUCAACGGUGCGAAUUCAGCCAGUGGAAUCUACGGUUACGGUAGCCUUGGGCGUCCGCCUGCAGCCUCUAGAACCACUGCCUGAGGAGAGCGAUGAUGCCAUCCAGACUGCCUUCCUCGAUUGGCUGCAUUCUCAGAGCCACGAGCCCCUAGCCUGUCUCACCGCCCGCUCCAGCAUCAUCCUACUUCAUGGGCCCAAUGCUAAACUGGAGCUGGCCUUGACUGUGCUGCAGCCGGAGGCAGAGAGCGAGCUCCCCGACCAGCUCUUCCUGCUGGCCCCAGCUGUCCUCCAGAAGGCCGGAGUACAGGUCGACCGAGGGCCGCCAACGGCAGACACGACCACGAAGGCGGUGGCUGACGCCCCGUACACGGAGCUCCCCCUCCUGGGCACUCUCGGUGGGACAGAGCAGCUGAGCAAGGUGGGCUUCCAGUUCAUGUCCCACAGCCUGCUGGGAAGCCCCCUCUCCCGGGAGCUGGGGGCCCUCGGACAGGGACUGCACGGCGGGGCCCUGCUCAUCACCGGGGCCAAGGGGAGUGGGAAGAGCGCUGUGUCCAGAGCUCUGUGCAGGAAGGCUGGCGAGGAGCUGGACACGUACGUGGAGGUGGUGGACUGCAAGAAGCUGAAAGGGAAAAGGGCCGAAACGGUGCGACACUCCCUGGAGGAAACAUUCCAACGGGCCCGGUGGAGGCAGCCCUCGGUGGUCCUGCUGGACGACCUCGAUCAUGUGACGGGGGCCGCGACCACGGCGGAACAUGAGCACGGCCCGGAGGCCCUCCUACGACAGCACAUCGCUCAGAGUCUGAUAGACAUAGUGGAUGACUUGAUGGUACGAUCCAGCCUGGUGUGUCUCGUGGUCACCAGCCAGACGGAGCACUCUCUCCACCCCUCCCUCACUGACGUGCAGGGCUCACACUUCUUCCAGGGAUUCCUGCACAUCCAACCCCCCGACCAGGCCCAGCGAGCGGAGAUCCUGCGGCGCCUCGUCCUCCAGAAGCCCUGCCUGUCGGCGCACACGGCGGACACGCUGGACCUGGGGGCCGUCGCCAUGGAGACGGACGGCUACCUGGCCCGCGACCUGGCGCUGCUGCUGGAGCGGGCCGUGCACGCCAGCGCUGUGCGGGAGGAGCGCAGCGACCAGGCAGGCGAUGGUCUGUGCCUGAGGUGGAGUCACUUUGAGCAGGCCAUGAAGGGCUUCACCCCGCCGUCCCUGUGGGGGGUGAGGCUGGAGACCCCCCCCGGGGUGGGGCUGGACCGGGUGGGGGGCCUGAAGGAGGUGCGGCAGGAGCUCUUGGACACCGUCCUGCUUCCUGCUAAGUACCCCGUCCUGUUCUCCAGACUCCCCAUCCGCCACCGCUCAGGGCUCCUGCUGUACGGGGCCCCCGGCACGGGGAAGACCCUGCUGGCCGGCGCCGCGGCCCGGGACAGCGGAAUGAACUUCAUCAGCAUCAAGGGGCCAGAGCUGCUCAGCAAGUAUAUUGGAGCCAGUGAGCAGGGGGUCCGCGACGUCUUCCAGAGGGCCCAGGCCGCCUCGCCCUGCAUCCUGUUCUUCGAUGAGUUUGACUCCCUGGCCCCCCGGCGGGGCCACGACAGCACGGGGGUGACGGACCGCGUGGUCAACCAGCUCCUGACCCAGCUGGACGGGGUGGAGGGGCUUCAGGGAGUUUAUGUGCUUGCGGCCAGCAGUCGCCCAGACAUGAUUGACCCUGCCCUGCUCAGACCAGGGCGUCUGGACAAGUCCCUGUACUGCCCUCCGCCUGACGUGGAGGACCGCGUGGAGAUCCUGCAGGCGCUGAGCGGGGCCCUGGCGCUGGGCCCCGACGUGGACCUGCGGCAGCUGGCCGAGGCCACCGAGCUCUUCACCGGGGCCGACCUCAAGGCCCUGCUGUACAACGCCCAGCUGGAGGCCCUGCACGCCGGGCCCCCCCCGUCCCCCGCCCUGCAGGAUGUGUUUGAUUUCAUGCGUGAUUGCCCAAGUAAUCCGGUCAAAGUAUGCUGCCUUUUAAAGGAGCCGCCGGCCUGCGGCUCGGACAGCGACGGCAGCCUGUCCUCCAUGAUCUUCCUGAACAACAGCAGUGCCUCGGAGGACUCUCUGGGCGAGGCGGAGCCGGCGCUGUCCCUGGACCAGUCCAUGGUGUUCCUGGAGCACAGCAUGCUGCCGGCCGCCGACCCCGCGCAGGGCAGCAACGCCUGGAGGCUGUACUUCGGCAGCUCCUACGAGUCCGAGUUGGGACACGCCUCUCCCUCGCCGCCGAACUCCCUGUGCGCAUCGGGCCCCGGGUCCACCACCCAGGAGUCGAGCGCGGGGGCGUUGGCCCGCGAGGCGGCCGGCAGCCUCCCCCCAGCCUGCAUGCCCACCCUGCGGGGGGGCUUCCAGGAGCUGGGCCCGGAGGAGCUGCAGCGCCUCCUGCUGGACGUCGGCGUGGUGAAGGGCAGCUACAGGAGGACCGACGUGAGCGGACGACGGGAGGAGUGCGUCCGCAGCCGCCCGGUGUCCGGGGGGGCCGGCCUGAUGCUGAGCCAGGCCCACCUGACCUCCGCCCUGGCCCAGACCAGACCCUCCCUGGGCUCCCAGGACUGGCAGCGCUUCAGCCGACUGUACGAGGCGUUCGGUGACCCAGGGGCCCGCGGGGCCCGGAGCCCGGCCCUGUUCAAACCCGGACAGCGGGUCACACUGGCCUGACCCCGUCAGCACGGGGAGACGUGUCCUCCUCACUGCACUAAUGCGCUCCUUCUGAGGGGCAUUUGAGGGAAAUGCAAAUCUGGCUGCGUUUUUUAAUUAACUUAAUUAGUAAACAAGUUGGAAUGAUUCCAUUCCCACACAGCGUCAGUGCUGUGACUAAUGUAAAUAUGUAUCAUAUCAGCUUGUGUAAUUAAGGGUAAGGGAUGGAGAUGAUUGAACAACGUUAAUAAAUUAAUUGAUUAUUCACUUCCAUCGUCUGGGGGUUUUCUCUUCCAUCAUGACUUCUCCAAAGCCUGCAGACUCUUAAAGGAUUUGAAAAUAUAUUCUUCUAUAUUCUACUUCUAUGAUCUUUUAAAGUAUAAUUAGGUUUUCAAAUGACCACUAAUAGUGUAAUCCUUGUCAUUAAUUUAGCCCUGUAACGUAUUCUCCUCUCUUCAUUGCAUCACAUGAAUGCAUUACUAUUGACGUGUUUGCUCGAGGACGCCCACUGCUACAGGACUGCAGCAUUGGAGUUUGAACCAAGAACCUUUCAUCCGUCAGUAACCGCUGUAACAACUAGCCUAGCCUGUCCUUCGUUUUAGAUCAUUCACAGACUGCACAUUUAUCCAUGGUCUAUAAGGCAACGCUGUACCAAAGUUAAGACGUUGAAAUGUUGGUGGAAUGUUUUGAAAGUAGUGCUGCUUUGACCUCAGCGGAAAAUAGAAGAGCCUAACAGAUCCUAGUCAUAGCAGCUGGCACGGUGACAGUCUGGCUAAAGGUGCUUCUGAUCUGAUUUGAUGUCUGUCUGUCCUUGGAGUUAACAGAAACCUUUGGCUUUUUCUCUAAACCUCUAGUAGAAUUGGAUUCUUUCAGCUUAUUUUUUUUAGGUUUGUUGCCUCUGAUGCCUGACUCUUCAGAAGAUUUGAAAUGAGUCAAAAGUUUGAGAGGGAAGACGACAAGGACACCUUGAGAGGUGGAAGCUCUGACUUUAGAUUGCAGCAGCAGCAGCUGUCUGGGGCUGUUCUCUUCCCUGGUUUCUGGGAGAUGUCUUUCUUCACAGUAUUUUUUUACUUAAUGCACUUUUGCUGUCAUCCCUCACUGAAAACGACAUUGGUAAAUAUAGACACCUAGGCCCUGGACCUUGCUCGCUCAUUCCUAUUUCAGUGUGUACUUGGGUUAACCUAGCUUUCCCUUUAAAAAAUAAAUAAAAACACUGGACAUGAAAGUCCUCUCUGAAACCCGAUUUCUUUCUGCACUAUUCUUCCUUCACAUCUGAAUGUGCUGAUAAAGAAACAGGCCCAUCGGUACAUUCAAGCUCCCUCUCGCACCAAGCCCCGUUCUAUUGAACCCAAAGUAAUAACCACACACCCACGAGGCUUCCGGAAGAAUCCAUCGUUGCGGUUUCACAGCAACGGAUGAACCGUGCGAUACAGAAAUAGAGCGCCAGAGCUACUUUGGGAGUUCAUCGUCACGUUCACAGGGCUGUCUUUCCCCCGGAGGAACUGGUCUCCCGAACAAAGACUCAUCUGUCUUCUCCUUACAGCUACGAGCAGGACCGUCAAGCAGGGGAACAUUCACAGGAAGGAGCCCGAUGACAAAGCUAUUGUGUUAAAUGUCCUGUCACAUAAGACUAAUUCAUGUUUAAUGACCUUCAUGUUAGGCGUCGUAGUUUUAAACACACUUGUGUGUCGAGAGUGCUUCAUGUUCAGUGUGCUUUUAAGUCAAGUCGGCUAAUGCUUGAGUACACUUAAUCUUAA